CACUGCACAUCCCUAUGCUCUGCUCCGAUCCCCCGCCCGACAGCCCGCCUUCGCAUCCGCCAUCCCCCACCUCGCCCUCUCCCCACUAAACCCACGCCCGCCGCCGCCGCAAGGGGACGCCCGACGCCGGCGCGAUGGCCAUGCGGGUGGUGCGGAACCUGGACCUGGAGCGGUACGCGGGGCGGUGGUACGAGAUCGCGUGCUUCCCGUCGGCGUUCCAGCCCAAGACGGGCACCAACACCCGCGCCACCUACGCGCUCAAUCCGGACAGCACCGUGCGGGUGCUCAACGAGACGUGGACCGACGGCCGCCGCGGCCACAUCGAGGGCACGGCGUGGCGCGCCGACCCGGCCGGCGACGAGGCCAAGCUCCGGGUCCGCUUCUUCGUGCCGCCCUUCCUCCCCGUCUUCCCCGUCACCGGCGACUACUGGAUGCUCCACGUCGACGAGGACUACCAGCACGCGCUCGUCGGCCAGCCCUCCAGGAAGUACCUCUGGAUCCUGUGCAGGCAGCCGCACAUGGACGAGGCCGUGUACGACGAGCUGGUGAAGCGGGCCGACGAGGAGGGGUACGACGUGUCGAGGCUCCGCGGGACGGCACACCCGGACCCGCCGCCGGAGAGCGAGGCGAGCCCCAGGGACGGCGGGACGUGGUGGCUCAAGUCCCUCUUUGGCAAGUAGCGCGGCGUGGCGGCCCCGCGGCUGCGCCGGUCGAGCAGGCGGCGAGAUGGCCGCGGCGGCGCUUGGAGAGUUGGAGUCCGGUGUUUACAGCUAGCGGCUAGCUACUGCCGUUUACCGCGUGUAAAUUUGUGUUUUGUUUGGUCGGUGUUUACCCGUUUUGAAAUGAACUUGGACUUGGAGUCAACUGCAUUCCUCUGGCGAUGUCCUGAAUUCUCCACCGAGUUCUUAUGCCGAUCAGUUGUGGGGGCGCUGCGGAAGUUCGACGGAGACGAACAGAAUUCGCGCACGGCCGCCUCUACUCCGCCGGCUGUCCUGGUCACGCCAUGCGCGCAUACAUGCGGCGCCCUUUGUUGCAUCAUACAUGCGGCGCAAGAUCUCUUAAAGAAUAUUCAUUGCUGAUUGCUCUAGUAUGCAUGGUAGUUGAGACCAGUAAACUUCGCAUUCUUCACUCUUUGUUGCAUAAUCAAUCAUCCUUUUUCCUGUUUGGUAACAACGAAUUCCAAGUUCCUUUUUGGUAAAUGAUUAUAUGUUUCAGAGGGUUUGAUGAAUAGAUAACGAAUCCAGGUGUCCUUGAUAA